CAAUUCCCACGAUGGGCGUAAAGCGCGCGAUGGCUCCAAAUGGGGGUGAUGAGAAUCGCAACGCUGGCGGCGAAGUCUUCCCGCUAAGAUGUGGGCAUCUGCGCUCUACACUUGGCUCGGUGGAAAUUUCAGUGGAAGCAUUAAUAGGAACGGGAGGCUUCCUGUAACCGCGUAUCUCACAGAUAAAUGGAGACACGAGAAGGAGGGGGACGCAGCAAACUUUACGCAGCUUUCCAGUGAUGGUCGGCCAACUCGCGUGGACUCUGGUGGAGUGCGAGCGGUGCGUCAUGUUCUGAUCACAGACACGGCGGAGUAACCCACAAGGGAAAGGUCACCGCGGGCUGCCAGACAAUAAAAAGUGAGCGUUACUUCAGGGAGACUGAUCUUCCAUCCCAGCGAAGGACGCACACGGGACUCGGGUCCGGCGGAUCGCUCAGCUGCCCUCGCCUCUCCGCAACAGUCGCCCGGCGUUCAGAGGAUGACCACGGAUGCCCGGCGAGGAGAACUCACAUGACUCCUGAAGAUUUGAUUGGUUUCUUCUUCUUCUUCUUCUUCUCCUUCUUCCGACAGAAGAUCAGACUUUAAGAGGACAUAUUUCGCACCGGACAGAAGCGGGGACCUGCACGAAAGUUGCGCGCACAGUUCUCCGUCUCCACGUUCAUCAUUGUUGGACGCACGGGACUUUUGGGACAUUUGAGGAGGCUGCAUAGACGCGAAGGGUGUCCGGUUAACCCCCCCCCGCCGACCCACCCACCCACCGACCGACCCCCCCAGGAGCAUUGGAUAAGGAGUAUUUUUUGUUUUCUUCUAUUCUAUUCUACUCUUUUUUUUUCUUUUUAUAUUCUCCCACCCCACGGGAGCUAUGAACGGACUGCGCACGCACUUCACUAUGGGACUGGUGCUACUCGUGUGCGCGCUCACGGGCCACUGCGGCCGGAGCGCGCCCGCGGCCGCGGCCGGCGGCGGCCGCGCUCGGCGGGACUUGAGGCGCAUGGUGCAGAUCGUGAAGCACGUGGAGGAGGGUCGCGGUCGACACGGCGCCGAGGCCGACUCGCCGGUUCACGCGUCGCCGGCGGAGCCGAAGGAUUUACGCAAUUUGAAAACGGACAGAGGAGCUCAGGCUGUCGUUGUAUUCCCUAGAGAGCUCAGAAAGAAGGAGAAAUUCCUAAAACAUAUAACAGGUCCGCUCUACUUCAGUCCUAAGUGCAGGAAGCAGGUGUACAGAGUCUAUCACCACACCAGAGACUGCACGAUACCUGCAUACUUCAAAAGGUGCGCGCGGCUCCUCACACGGCUAGCUGGCAGUCUGCAGUGCACAGAGGGGUAGCACACACCAGGUUGAAGCCAAACAUGUGUUCUCCAGAAGAAAAGGAAAAAAAAACGUAGGAAAAAAGUGCCUUGGACACUAAGAGGGAAGCC